AUGUUGAAAGUUGGAGAUUUUACGUUGCCAGGGGACAUAAUUGAGAAUAUAAAGUCAUUGAGAGGUGUAACAGUACUAGGUCCAGGUUUGCGGCAGAACGAAGAAAAACCUAAUACAUUGUGUGUGACUAUAGCUGGGACACUGUCUUUCAAAGAACCGAACACAUACUGGAUUGAAGGAAACAGAAAGCAUUAUGUGCCUAAGAAGGGAGAUCUGGUUGUGGGAGUAGUCGUCAAGAAAGCGGGGGACAUUCUGAGAACAGAUAUAGGUAGUGCUGAAUUUGCAUCACUGUCCAUGCUGGCAUUCGAAGGAGCAACGAAGAAACUCAAACCCGAUGUACAAGUUGGAGAUGUGGUCUAUGCCAAAUUGCUCAAUGCCCAUCGUGAAAUGGAGCCAGAGCUAGUUUGUAUUGAUUCCUAUUACAAAGCUGGGAAGUUAGGCAUUUUGAGUAAUGAUGGAUUUUUAAUGAAUAUCAGUUUGACCCUGGCACAGAGCCUUUUGGACAUUGAGAACCCUUUGUUGAGGACACUUGGGAAAAAGUUUCCAUAUGAAAUUGCAAUAGGGGUGAAUGGAAAAGUAUGGGUGAAUAGUAAGACAUCCAAGGAUGUUCUCAAUUUGAUAAAGACAUUUGAGGUAGCAGAAAAAUAUAUUUCUGAUAAAAAGAAGAUUGCAGAUGUGUGUAGGCAACUAAGCUGA